AUGGCUAGUAAGGGUAGAGAGGCAAAAUCUUGGCAGAGCCUGGAGGCCAUCUCCAUGAAGAAUGAGCUCUUCAACGCUCACUACCAACUGCUAAGGACCAUUCGUGAGGGAGGCUUUGCCCCAGUCAAGCUAGCCAGGCACUUGCCCACUAAUUCUCUGGUGGCUGUAAAAGUCCUUGAUAAGAGGGAUAGCCCCUUUUUUGCCAACGAAUUGGACAUUCUGAAGACGGUGGACCAUCCAAACAUCAUUAGGCUUUUCGAGGUGGUGGAGUCAGAGGAGCGUAUUUACCUGGUGAUGGAAUAUUUGGAUGGAGGAGACGUCGCAGACCUCUUGAAGAAGGUACAGAGGAUGAGGGAAGAGGAGGCCAGACAGGUGUUCAGGCAGGUCUUGAGAGCAAUCCAGUACUGCCAUGACAAUGGGAUCGCACAUCGGGACAUCAAACCAGACAACAUCGUAUUAGACGGCAAGGGCACAGCAAAGUUAUGUGACUUUGGCUUCAGUGUCAGGUUCCAGCCUGGGCAGGAGCUGGAAGGAGAGUACGGAACCAUGGCCUAUUGGGCCCCUGAAAUGUUCAAGCAGCAGCACUACCAGGGCCCCAAGGUGGAUAUCUGGGGUUUGGGGGUAUUAUUGUACUAUAUGGUCAUGGGCAACGUGCCAUUCACCGGCAGGUCCUGGAUUGUGCUCAGGAAGCAGGUCCUGAGCGGCAGAUUUGAACUCCGAAAAUCUUUUUCCCCGGAACUCCGCGGAAUCUUAGCUUAUCUCUUGACGGAGGAUCCGAAGAAGAGGCCCUUGGUGAAGCAGAUAAUGCGACACCCCUGGCUCAGACCGAUGGUGUCCACCUCCCCAGCCGUCAAAGCGAAGACGCCGAACAAGGCAGACCCUACCAUCUUAUAUGUCAUGGCCAUAUAUUUGGGCUUUGACCCGGCAGAUGUGCAGGCAGCCCUGUCAGGUAGGAAGUUCAACACAGCGAUGGGAACCUACCGCAUUCUGCAGGGCCAGCAGGACAAGGGCCGUAAUCUCACCCGCCUGAUGAAGCGCCUGCUCCCCUUGCGUCCACCCUGCCCCUCCCCUGCAUUCCCGGGAGCCCUGCCCCUUCACAUCAAGAGGGCCAGCGCUCCGGCGCGCCACCGGCGCCCUGUGCCGGUCGACCAGCCGGACGACGAGGAGGAGGAUGGCCGCAGGAAAAGCAGUGCCUCCAUAUGCCUUCCCUGCCUCCUCUGCAGCCCCUGCACGACCGGCGCGGAGUGGGUAACGGAGGGCAGAAAGUCCUUCCCUCCCGCAGCAGCAGCAGGAGCAACUACCACCCUCCCCACCGGCCCACCCCCUGAGACGCCGGCGGUCAGCAGAGCCGAUUCCCUCCCCCACAUCCUAUACAACACGUGGACCCGGGCCAAGCAGCGGGAGAAGCGGGAGAAGGACAUCAGCUCUCCCACCCCGGGUCCAAAAGCAGCCGAUGCCAAGGCCCCUGAGGACGUAGAGGAGGUCAUCCAGCUGCCCUCAGAACCACCACUGGCAGAAACGACCAUUGUGGAGAAUCUGUGCACAGAGGUGAAGACGGAGGCGAAGACCGAGGCGAAGACGGUCAGUGACUCUCCUCCCUCUGCUCCUGCAGUGAAUGGAAGACAAACCCUUUGGAAGCGGCUCAGAAAGAACGUGUUAAGCUGUCUGGAGAAGCUAUGCUGCUGCUGCCGGCAGCAGCAGCAGCAGUAA